GAAGCUCCGCUGUUUCUUGUGCUCUAGCUCUGGUGGCGGCGGCACCCGUGGCAGCCCUGGCGGACGCAGGAGCGAUGGCAGCGACCGAUAUAGCUCGCCAGGUGGAGGAGGCUUCUGCUGCUGGGAUUUGAAACCGUGGGUUUCUCCGCCGCCUGCAAGAGGAAGGAGGCCACAUAUGUGCUCAAGGAGGGUGAGAAUUAUGCCGCGUGCUCCUUGCUGGCCCUGGACUUGGGUCAUCCGUUCCACUCACUUAAAGGGUGAAGGUUGCCGCACGGUCCCCCUGGCUGGACACGUGGGGUUUGACAGCUUGCCCGACCAGCUGGUGAAUAAGUCCGUCAGCGAGGGCUUCUGCUUCAACAUCCUGUGCGUGGGAGAGACAGGUUUGGGCAAGUCUACCCUCAUGGACACCUUGUUCAACACGAAGUUUGAGGGGGAGCCGGCCACCCACACACAGCCGGGUGUCCAGCUCCGGUCCAACACCUACGACCUCCAAGAGAGCAACGUGGGGCUGAAGCUCACCAUCGUUAGCACAGUGGGCUUUGGGGACCAGAUCAACAAGGAGGACAGCUACAAGCCCAUCGUGGAAUUCAUUGACGCCCAGUUCGAGGCUUACCUGCAGGAAGAGCUAAAGAUCCGCAGGGUACUGCACACCUACCACGACUCCCGAAUCCACGCCUGCUUGUACUUCAUCGCCCCCACGGGCCACUCCCUGAAGUCUCUGGACCUCGUGACAAUGAAGAAGCUGGACAGUAAGGUGAACAUCAUCCCCAUCAUCGCCAAAUCAGAUGCCAUUUCGAAGAGUGAGCUAACAAAGUUCAAAAUCAAAAUCACCAGCGAACUUGUCAGCAACGGGGUCCAGAUCUACCAAUUCCCUACAGAUGAUGAGUCAGUGGCAGAGAUCAAUGGAACCAUGAACGCGCACCUGCCGUUCGCUGUCAUCGGCAGCACAGAGGAGCUGAAGAUAGGCAACAAGAUGAUGAAGGCGCGGCAGUAUCCUUGGGGCACCGUGCAGGUGGAGAACGAGGCCCACUGUGACUUCGUGAAGCUGCGGGAGAUGCUGAUCCGGGUGAACAUGGAGGACCUCCGGGAGCAGACCCACAGCCGGCACUACGAGCUUUACCGGCGCUGCAAGCUGGAGGAGAUGGGCUUCAAGGACACAGACCCCGACAGCAAACCCUUCAGCUUACAGGAGACAUAUGAGGCCAAAAGGAAUGAGUUCCUGGGGGAGCUCCAGAAAAAAGAAGAGGAGAUGAGACAGAUGUUUGUCCAGAGAGUCAAAGAGAAAGAAGCUGAACUUAAAGAGGCAGAGAAAGAGCUGCAUGAAAAGUUUGACCGUCUAAAGAAGCUACACCAGGAUGAGAAGAAGAAGCUGGAGGAUAAGAAGAAGUCCCUGGACGAUGAAGUGAACGCCUUCAAACAGAGAAAGACAGCGGCCGAGCUGCUCCAGUCCCAGGGCUCCCAGGCUGGAGGCUCACAGACUCUGAAAAGGGACAAAGAGAAGAAAAACUUUUUUUAAUCUUGUCUUCAGCAGCUGCACUAAGUCUCAAGGAGAAGACUGCCAUUAUCUUGUCUCAAACCAGAAACCAACCAAUCCCCUUCUCCCCUCAAACUGGGCCCGUAACACACACCACACUCCACAAGGGUUCUCCUGGCUUACAUGGUAUUUUAAAUGGAAAUGUCUUGUCCUAACCUAAGCAAGGCAGGAAAAGAACCUUCCGAGCUGGAGAACGGGCCAAAUGUAACCUGAGAGAGAGAGCCGCAGGACGACUCACCCAAGUGUCAGUGACUGGGACGGGAGACAGCUAUGGGUGUGGAAGCGCUGUUCCCAAGUUUCCCGGUUUUCCUUUUUAAACACCAAUUCUCCGGUCCAAUGGGUUGACUGUCGACGGCCACUCACUGUUAAACAUUUCUGAAUAUGGAAGAGAAAGUCAAGCGACAGUCCUCUCCUCAGCAUUCACAGGCCUUCUGCAGAACUCACCCCUCCCCUGCCCCAGUAAGGGGGAAAACGGAUCCAUUCACUCUCAGGUGGGGAAGGGAGAGACAGAAGGGGCUUUAAGGUUAGUAAGAGCAAAACUACUCCAUUCAACCCUCCAGGGCCAUUUGGGGUUUUGAGAGAAGUUUCUGCUCAACCUGGGGUCUGCAAGGAGAGUUUCGUGUUCAUAGAUCUGCCUUGAAUUCAUUGGCUUAACUUGCAUCAAAAUACCAUGUAAGCGCGCUCUUUCCUGUAUAUCCCUACAGUCAUUGCCAUUCCACUGUCUGGUGUCUCCUGAGAGAGCCUCUUUGCAUGUUUUCCAGAAUCUCUGUGUUUUUCUUUCUUCUCCUUUGUUCUUUUUGCUCAAAAGUGUGACCGGUCACCGCCCCUCUGAGGCUUUCAUUUGCCAGGAGAAACACCCCAAAACCAGCACUGUUUAGCUUGAUACCUUUCUAAUGUCCAUGUCAAUUUUCAAUAAAAUUCAAAGAAAUGCUCCA